AUGUCUGCUGUGCCUGCAUCUGCUGCACCCGCAGCACCUGUUCCAAUGACCGAAACAACCACUAUCAAGGUUGAGAAUCAAGCCCCGGGCACCCAGGAGGCGCCUCAAGCCGCUAAUGGUGGUGCCCCACCCGUCAACUGGGAGUCUGAGAUCCAGCUCGUCUCCUCAUUAGCAAAACUCCAGGAACUUGAACGAAAGAUUCAUGAAUUGCGCCACGUGGUGCCCAGCAAGCUCUUAGAGCCGUUAUCCAGCCUCUCAAACCAAAGAGGGCCAUCAGGUAUCUCAUAUGCAGACUCGCCAGUCCAUUUGCGCGAUGGACUUGACCAAGCUGCGCGCACUCAGCUCGCCAAUAUCCAGAGCUUCAAGUCUACGUGGCAGGGCCCAGAGCUGAAGCCUGUCUGGGCACAUGUCGAAUCCCGCAUCAAGGAGUCUGAUGGUCAAAUCUUGCAGCCAACGGGAAUGUGGGAACGGGACUAUGAUGUUCUUCUUGAGGAACUUCUCCAAGCUGAGAGGAGCAAAGAAGAGGAGCGUCUACGUGAGGAAGAAGUGACUGAGCGGACCAAGAUACAGUCCUCAGAGCGCGGCUGGGAAGCUAUCGUGGAGAGCUUCAUCCAACGAAAUGUGCCUGGGGUUCGUGUGAUCAAAGGGCAAGGAGCGCUAUCGCUGGCGAUCGCGCUUUUGAAAGCCGGAAUUAUCUUCCACAUUGAGGGUUUGAGUGACAACGAUGCUCCGGGAGUGGCCGAGUGGCACGUUUCGAGCAAAGCUCCGCCAGGCCGAGUCCCAACGAAGAUGGAAAAUUCCAUCGUGGAGUGCCUAAACUCACGGUCACGAAAGUGGGAUCUCGCCUUCUUGCUGGACAUGAUCUCUUCAUAUGACGAUCUCAAACAGACUACUUGUGUCAAGUGCAACAAGCUUACCAACAACUCUGCCCAAUUGCCAACUAUUCGCCGAGUCCAAUCUACUCAGCCUUCACAGCAGGAGCCACGAGUUUUCGCAUUCGAUGCAUUGCAUUCUAGCUGUGCCUGA